AAAAAAAAAGAACGAUGUCGUUUGGAUGCUCUUUAGUCUUUUCCUAAACCCUACAAUUGGCCUCCGACUUCGCUAUGAACACAAGGUUUUAGGGUUUUGAAUUUCAUUACAGUCAACAAAUUUCCUAAAUUUUCAAGAAUCAGCAUGGCCUUGUCUCCGAAACCUAAUCUUUUAAUCGGAGAAAACUAUGGGCUCACAUUAAACCAAUCAAUACACCACCUUUUAGCCGAAAUACGCAAUGAAAGCUUAGAUUCUUCUCAUUUCAUCGACAUAUUCUACCAAUUAAUGCAAUCGAAGAUCGACCCACCUAUAGAAACGAUUUGGGUUUACUCUGCUUUGUCGUUUAGGAGCCGAGAAAUAACAAGCGAGGAUCUUUCAGCUAAUAUUUUGGUUGCAAAGGAGCUGUUUCAAUUCAUAUCGGGAUGCUCAGCUCCUUGUAGUGUCUCAAAAAGUAUAGCAUUGCUAGCUCCGGUUGUUUUUAAAGUGUAUAAAUUAGUUGUUGGGUUAUUAGGCAAAGAUUUGGAAGCUAGGAGAGUAAAGAAAGCUAUUAAGGAGGUUAAGUCUUUGAUUGGAGCCAUUCUCGGGUAUAUUGGUGUGUGUUGUGUCAAGAAUAUGAAUGAGGAAAAUGAUUCAAAUUUGCGUGUAUCGUUUUCAGACUUGAUUAGUUUGUGGAUGGAAGGAAAAGAAGGAUUGGAGGAAUUUUUACCACUCAUGAGUGAUGAUAUAUGCAAAGAGAUUAGUGUUGGUUUGCCUAGUGUGAAUUAUUUAGCUGGAGUUGUUAUAGCUGAAAUUUUCUUGUUGAAAUUGUGUUUUGAUUUAAGGGUUGAGACUAAAGGAGUGGAGCUGGAGAAGGAAAUGAGGAGUUGGACUGUUGGCUCGAUAACUGGGUUACGGAACUUCUACUUCUUUGAUACCCUUUUGAGAAUGCUGCUGGAGCCAACCUUGCCUUUGACUUCGCUAUUGAGUUCUGAAGAUGAAAGGUUUUUGAGGACAAUUCUGUAUGAUGCUACUGUUUUGGUAGAAUACUCUUUCCUUAGUUUUGAGAGAGCAAUUAACCUACCAGCCGAUCAUGUGAGAAAUCUUGUGGUGAAAAGAUUGAUAAUUACACAUGAAGCCAUAGAGCUUUCAAGGAAAAAUGGGGACCGAAAGAGGGCUAUCUCUUAUACUUGUUCAUUCUCCAGUUCCCAGAUACCUUCCCAGAUUAUCAAGUUUGUCACCAGCCAGAUUGGCAUGGAGGAAGAAGCAAGUAGAUUGAAGGAAGGAUCACCUAGAGCUCUUAUAAAGUGGUUACUAGACCUGGAUGGUAAAGGCAUAAGAAUAUUUGAUGAUGUCAUCUCUAAAUUCUGUGCCAAAUUAGCUCUUGAUGAUCCUGAGUCUGACUAUCAACUAUCAGCACCUAAGCCAGAGGGCAGGAAAGCAGAUGUUGAUCUUCAGUUUUAUGUUGAUAACAAAGGAGAAGAGGAAGACCACGAUGGGGAUGAUAAAGAGACCAAUGAGUCCAUGAGUGCUGCCUUUUUAGCUGCUGCACACACAAUGAGAUUUACAGAAAAUGGAGGAAGAAAACGAAAAGAAGGAAGAAGUGCUGGAAGAAAGAGAAAGACUAAGGUUCUCAAGCAUGACCUCUCUGACAAUUCGGACUCUGAUGGCAAAGGACAAUCUUCUGUUAGUGAUGACAGUUCAGGUAGCGAGAGUGAGGUUGAGAAUCCAACUUCUGAUGAAGAUGUUUGAAUGAAGGUGCAGUGGAUUUCUUUACAGAGAAAACAUGGUAAUUAUGUAAUACUUAACUAAUAGUUAUGUUCAACUGUGCAUCGGAAUGUAAGUGCAACCAAUCUGUUUUGGUAAUGAAAUCCUUCCUCAGAGGCUAUUGCUGUUGAGUGUAAUUCAGGGUCGUACUUUGAUUGUUCAUUCAUAUAGCAUUUGUUGAAAUACUUAUUGCUCUUGUAAAGGAUUUGAAAUUGCAUCUUAGCCAUUAAUGAGCUAGCAAUUUUGGAAUAUGCAUACGCCCUUA